UAUCAGCGGCAGCAGCUAUCUGCAGAUACACCGAGAGGAAGAGACGCGCUGCAGCGAUCAGCGGAUCCAAACAAGAACAGAAAAAAACGCGAACAAUCACCCAACAGCUGCAACUUCGGUUCCAUCUUCUCCAACUUUUCUUUCUUUUUUUUUUUUUUUUUUUUACGCACAAACGCGCAGAGCUGCGGAGAGGCUCCGUGUCUGCGUGGUGUGGUCAAGGCUUGCCCAGCUGAGCUCCUCUCUUAAGGCUGUGUCUCUGCUGAGGGGGGACCGGACCCGCUUUAUCACCGGACCGUCCUUAUCUGACUGGGUUGGGAGAAUCUAUGCAAGUUUGUUGAAGAGCCGCUGGUUCAAAAGGAAAGGAACGUUCUCCGGUUAGGGGACAGUCGGAUCUCCAUCUGUCUUCCUUCAAUUCGUCUGAAGGCUAAAGGUUUCAGUAUGUACCAAAGCCUGGCCCUGUCCUCCAACCAGUCCCCUUACCCCCACGACACCGGGAACUACAUCCACCCCUCGGCCAGCUCCCCGGUGUACGUCCCCACCACCAGGGUCCCGGCCAUGCUGCCCACCCUGCCCUACCUGCAGACCUGCGAGUCGACCCACCAGUCUCACGGCCUGGCGGGGCACCACGGCUGGGCUCAGAGCGCCGCGGACGGCUCCUCCUUCGCCCCCAGCAGCCCUCACCCUCCGCACGGCUUCUCCUACUCGCACAGCCCGCCGGUCAGCACCAACCCCGGGCGGGACGGCGGCUACCAGAGCCAAUACGGAGGGGCGCUGGUGCGCUCCGUGGGGGGGUCCUACUCCAGCCCGUACGCUUACAUGAGCCCGGAGAUGGCCACGUCCUCCUGGACGCCGGGGCCCUUCGAGAGCGGAGUGAUCAGUCUGCAGGGUCGGCAGGGAGCUCUGGGCGGACGAAGGUCCAGUCUGGAGCUGAUGGACGACAUGCCUACCGAGGGUAGAGAAUGCGUGAACUGCGGCUCCGUGUCCACGCCGCUGUGGCGCAGAGACGGCACCGGUCACUACCUGUGCAACGCCUGCGGACUUUACCACAAGAUGAACGGCAUCAACAGGCCGUUAAUUAAACCCCAGAAACGGCUGCAGACCACGUCCCGCCGGGCCGGCCUGUGUUGCACCAACUGCCACACCAGCACCACCACAUUAUGGCGACGCAACGCUGAAGGAGAGCCCGUCUGUAACGCCUGCGGCCUCUACAUGAAGCUGCACGGGGUGCCCAGACCUCUGGCCAUGAAGAAAGAAAGCAUUCAGACAAGAAAGCGUAAACCCAAGAUACCGAAGACUAAAGCGUCCACAGGCUCCAUCACCUCUGACACUAGCUCCCCGUCCUCCCUGUCAGUCUCUGAACACGCCUCCACCAUUAAAAGUGAACCCAGCAUGGCCCCGUCGCCCUACGCAGGGCAGACCAUCACAUCUGGCUCUCAGACCGCCUCCCAGCUAGACAGCACGGCAUCCGGACACGUGGACAUUAAAUACGAGGAUUAUCCUUUUACCCCGACGUCGAUGGCUCCACAGAAUUCCUGGUGCGCUCUGUCUCAAGCAUGAGCGUCCCCAGAUAACAGGACUAGCUUACCGGCAAACUCUAACAUCAUUGAAAGGACAAUCCUCCACAUCCUGACGCAACUUCCACUGACUUUGAAACUGUGGGAAAACUGUUCUAAUAUGGAUCAAAACGGGCUGAAUGCAAAAAAAAAAAAAAACUACCUACGACCAAGUAAUCUUGGAUUUUUUAUUGGAAACACUGGCUGUAAAUGACAAACCAGGAGUGGAUUGUAGUAGGACUUUCAAAAUACAAUCUGCAGCAAACUUAUAAAUAACUUAACCCUUGUGUCUAGAAAUGGGGUCCAACGGACCCCACACAUGUCAAACUUGUAUCAUUUGACGCAGUCGUCUACGUUUGCCUCAGUCCUCGCAUGCACAAGGGUUAAGAAGAGCUAAGAACUUGGACUGAUGUCCGUCCAGCAAGCUAUAUCUCCUCAAUACAUCCAACAUCAACUACCUAUUUCCUAUAAAAAAAAAUGUUUUUGGAGAAACAUUACACUAAACAGAGGACAUCAAUGCAAAAACAUUCUAGAGGAAUGUUAAAAGAUAAGGAUACAAUAACCUAAUUUUAGAGCUAUUAAAUAAUUUUGUUGUAAUUUCUUUUCUCUGAUACUUGUUGCUUUGUCGCCAUCCUCUCUGCUUUUAAAAACAAUUCCAGUGGGUUAUUUUUCAGCGGAAUCUAAAAAAAAACAACAAAAAAACGGACUGAAAAUAACUCUUUAUGGCUGCUGAGCAUGUCUCAUUACCAACGUGUAGAUGAUUAACGUUUACAGGCACAUUAUUUAUGUUGAGAUAAGGACAGUUAAAAGUCAUUGUGGACACUAAAACCAGCCGGUUGUAAACCACUGCUCACCGUUCAGCUCACAGAACGGCUGUUUGCGCCUGAGCUACGAGGCUCACAUUGUCUUAGACUGGCUUCAGCAGAACGGCGGAAAAAAAGUCUUGUAAAUGUCAAAUGAAAACAUCCAACUACCAAAUGUUUUCCAUUUUACUGAUUCAACAGUGAUGAAAGUGCAAUGAAUCAAUUUUUCUUUUAAAAAACGUUUUUAAGGCAAGUACAAAAAAACAGUGUGAAAUGAUUGUAAUCACAAUGUAAUUAUCCAUGUUUGGUUGAUAAGAGAAUGUGUGUGGAUUUUUUGAAGUGCUUUCUGUUUCUGUUGCUAUUUUAUUUUUUGAUGACAUUUGAAAUCUUGUUCAG